UCUGAGUUCUCCAUCCACCCAUAACCCAGCGCAGGCGCACAGCAAUCCCUUACACAGCCUCCCCCACUCCACAAUGGGUGCCCUGCGCCGUGGCAACGGACUGUAAGGUCCCUAUGUCCCGUUGGGAGAGACAGUGACGUAGAGAAGAUGAUUUUAACGGAAGAGAAUCCAAAACCAGUAGGCUACGUAUAGAUGACUAUUUCGCAGGAUGGUGCACACGAUGUUUUUCCGCGUCGUUCUGUGUCGUUGCCGGUUUUAACGGAAAAAGAGAAACCUCGUGUGUCGUAAGAGCGAUUUGUUUAUUUGUGUGAACUAUUUGUACUGAGGUGUGGGAGUUGGAUCUUAGGAUUAUAUAACGGAAUGUCUCGUCGUAAGCAGGCUAAACCGCGAUCACUUAAAAGGGAUAAUUUACAUUCCCUUGUUUUUGACGAUGAUAGCAGUCAGGAUACUUUAUCACUGACAGACACAAAACCUAACUCCCCAUCCACUCCAACAGAGCAAUAUGAAAUAUCUAGUAAUGUGUCAGAUGAUCAUCAUUCUUUAGAAGAUGGAGAUAAUACUGAAGAAUCUCACAUCUGUGAUACAUGUAAGCUUCAGUUCGAAAGUAUAUCGGAAUUGCUGGAACAUAUGGAUCAAGACUGUGCAACAGGGGGCUCAAAUUGUGGCAGAGGAAGCAGCUCUCUCCGAUCAUCGGACACUCCAGACGACUUGUCACUUUCUCCUGGAGACUGUCCGACCCCCACGUCCGGAGAUCCAGACACAGAAUUGUCGUAUACGGUCGGAGUGACCGAGAACACGCCGUAUGGAUGUCAGUUCUGCGACAAGGCCUUUCCUAGGCUUAGUUAUCUCAAGAGACACGAACAGAUUCAUAGCGACCAAAUGCCGUUCCGUUGUGAUUAUUGCCAGAGACUGUUCAAGCACAAGCGCAGCAGAGAUCGGCACGUUAAACUGCAUACAGGCGAUAGAAAAUAUCGCUGCACACAAUGUGAAUCGGCCUUCUCUCGCAGCGACCACCUCAAGAUUCACAUGAAAACCCAUGACAAUGGAAAACCCUAUCAGUGCACAGUUUGCAAUAGAGGAUACAAUACGGCUGCUGCUCUCUCAUCGCACAUGCAAAAUCACAAGAAGACGGAAACUAUUUUGGAUGUUAAUUCUUACACUAGAGGUGGUAAUGGCACACCUACAAGCAUCGCAAAUGAAACUGUGAUUGAUAAAGAUGGACAAGGAAACGAGUCUCCAGACCCUCCUAAGCCUAUUAUCUGUAGCUUCUGUCCCCAAAUUUGCUCCUCUCCUGCAACUCUGGGUGACCAUAUGCUACAAAGCCAUCGGACAUUUUCGACCUCCUCCCCUUUGUCAGAUUCACCACGUCCACCAUCUUCCAGAUCCUGUUUCAAAUGCUUAGAUGAACUUUCGUCGCCAAAUGCUGCUUGUACUCACAAAAAGAACACAUCUGAUACCGAUACUGAUCGAAGUAGCAAUCCAGAAGCAAAUAGCGCAAAACCCCAUGAAAGAGCAUCACCAAGUAUGAAACUGACGUGCGGAUUUUGUUCCAAGUCUGACUUUCCGACUUUUGAAUCAUUACAACUGCAUGUUCAAGUUCUGCACAUUCCAACUGGUGCUGGUGGGGAAUGUGGAAAUAAUUUUGCAGCUUCACUUCGAUCUUUGCAAUCUUUGAUGCAUAAAAGAAGCCAAUAUCCGCCAAAUGCAUCAGAACCUUUCGGGUAUCAAAUGAUGGACUGUGAUAAUAGUUAUUCGGCCCUACACAUGCUUCAGAAGUAUCCGUCUCUUAGUGAUGGCUUCAUGAUGAAAAGGCCCAAUGACAUCUAUUGUUCUCAGUGUAACAUAAGUUUUGCAUCAUCGGCAGCUCUCUUAGAUCACGUGCAACUAGUCCAUGAAGCACCAAGUGGAAAUGUACCCCGGUCCCCAUCAUCCCCUGUCAGCAAUCAAUCAAGCAAAAGGUUGUUGGCGAGUUCUAGGCUUAGGCCGAAUGGCGCCAAGCAUUCAAAAUCUUCCAACUUGUCUGGUAUUCAUCCAACAAUGUUUAAUGGAAGUACAAGCUGUCAUUACAGGAGGCAAGAUCCAGGCGGAGGCCAUUCUCUAACCUCAGGCCAAACAACUGAAAAUGGACCAAAUACUCUUCUCUGCAGUCAGUGUAACGCCGGAUUCUCAGAUUUCGAAUCCUUCCGGACGCACUUGAAAAGUCACCUGGAUGCUGCAGCAGCCGCAUCAACAUCUGGUCCAGUUUCUUCGGCAGCAGUAAUGCAACAGCAUUCCUGCCCAGAAUGCAAUGCUGAAUUUGCUAACGAAACUUUGUUGGACAGUCAUGUGAUUGGACAUUUUUUGUCAGCCACUACGGAGUAUGGCUGCCAGUCUUGCAUGAAGCUGUUUCAGAAACCAGAUGAGCUGCAAAAGCAUUUAAUGGAUAUGCACGCAUAUCAUUUGUAUAGAUGCGCCCUCUGUAAGCAGAUCUUUGAUUCAAAGGUGAGCAUUCAAGUUCAUUUUGCAGUAAAACACAGCAACGAAUGCCGAUCUUUGAAGUGUACGUCCUGCAGCUCCUAUUUCCGAACGGAAAUGGAGUUUCAAGUCCACGUCAAACUCACACAUCUCUCUAAAAAUUUUCACGUCAACAGCAACAGCACAAACUACCGCUGUCUGCUGUGCGAUCAGUGCUUUCCCAAUGAAAUCCAGCUACGCUUUCAUGCUUCGACACACAAGAAACAAUUCACCUGCAGUGUUUGUGGAGACGCUUUUCACGUUGAAUUUCUCCUUGACAGACACAUACAGACCGUCCACCAAGGAGUUGCGACACCGUCACCCUCAAUUCACCCUUUUAUCGGGCAGCAACGAAACAGCAGUCCACAACCGCAAACAGCCAACGUGUCGCCAAAAACAGGAACACACCAAAAUGAAGAAGCUCAGAAUCUUUGCACAAAGAGAUCUCCCAGCGAAACAAAUCGUGGUGAUCCGACUCAUCCAGAACAAAAUCAACUAAACAUUCCAUCCUCUACAUCUACUAUAUCUCCACCAGCAUCAACACCAGCACCAUCGAAAUCCCCCGUAUUGGGAAGAUCUGACUAUCGCUGUGAUAUUUGUGACAUCGUCUGUUCUACAGAAUCAGGUCUUGCUGCACACAGAAAACAGGCUCACCACAUAAGGCUGCACAAAGACCACAAAUGCAACAGUGGACCAGCAUCUUCUGUCAGUGUCAGCCUGUUCUGUGCUUACUGCAAUGAGUCCUGCAAGUCGAGAAGUGACCUAGAGAAUCAUAUGAAAGCUCACACUGCAACGUCUAGCAAGCACAAAUGCAAUAUCUGUGAUGAGAUCUGUCCAUCUGCAACGACUCUUGCUGAGCACAAACUUACGCAUUGCAAGGUUAUUUCUGGAAGUACGUGCAUAGUGUGCAGGGUGCAACUUGCCAACGAAGAACAGUUUCUUAGUCAUAUCCAACAACAUAACACAUCUUCCAACACAAAUGGCAACGGUCUUCCUGUUCCUUGCGUUGUUUGUCGACAAACCCUCGUCGUGGACGUCGAAGUGCGAAUGCAUGCCAAGUUCCAUUUAAAGAACGCUACUCUAGAACCAACCCUCGGUGCUCCAGCCCCUUGUUGUGUAUGUUCCAGAAUGUUUGAUCCAGGAAAUCUCAUCAUUCGGGCAUCGGGAAAAGUCUCCGAUAACAUGCCACCCCAUACCUACAUGUGUAAAGACUGUUUUCAUUCCAAAGGUGAAGUGGAACCAGGUGUUCCAAGGUGUGGUGAAUGUGGUGUUAAAUUCGAAACAUUCGGUGAGUUGGAUAGUCACCGAAGAACUGCCCAUCAUCAAAGGAAUGACAAAAAGACUUAUCAGUGUAUCAAAUGCCAAAUGUCUUUCGAAUCCGAAGCAGAUAUACAAGCUCACGUGACGUGUCAUGUGCUUCAUGAAGGAACUCAGCAUGAAUGCAGGCUAUGUCAUGAGAUCAUGGAUUCGCCUUCCAAACUUCAGUGCCACUUAAUUGAACAUAAUUUUGAAGGAAGUUCUCAUUUUACUUGUUACAUAUGUGCAGCUGUCUUCACAAAUUCAUCCCUCCUCCAACGCCAUAUGGUAGAUCAUGGUCUUGAUUCUCGCCCUUAUGACUGCUCAGAAUGUCGCCAAAAAUUCUUCUUCCGGGCCGAAUUAGAGAAUCAUUCUUACAUUCAUCUGUGGGAAAACGUGAAUCGCCUUCAAUCAGCAAACUCAUCAUUAAAAGGUAAUGGAGAGAGUUCUCGACGCUUGUUUGAAUGCCAACUAUGCCCUAGUGUUUUCGGAAGUUCUUUAGAUCUUGCAAAACAUCAGCGAAUCCACGAAAAGAGCUAUAAGCAUACGAUAAGUAGUCGUUUAACUGUUUCCUGCCCUACUUGUGGAAUGGAAUUUUCAUCAAUAGAAGAAUUAAGAAAUCACGUAUUGCUGCUGCACCCUACAACGUCUGACGAGGGCAUCUUCAAUCUUAAGCCAGACAAAGUCGAGCAAGAUCUAUACAAGUUUGAUGAAGACAGUCUAUCAAAUGAUAAACUUCCUUUAAAAACUAUCAUCAAAAUAGGAAAAGAAAAGAAAUCAUUCGAAUGCCCUGUAUGUAAGAAAAAGUUUACAAGGAAAGAAAACCGAAAAUUGCAUUUAAAAUCUCACCAUCAAAAUGUUGCUCCAAAGACAUAUUCUUGUCCGGACUGUGGAAAGAUUUUCUUGAAACGUCUGCAAAUGAAGGAGCACAUGAGGACGCACAUAACAUCCACGACGCACCGCUGUGAAAUUUGUGAUGAUUUCCUACCAUCUUCAGUGACGCUGAAGCAACAUCUGAAAGACAUCCACGAUCGUAAAUUUGACUAUUCUUGUAUUGUCUGCGAAGAUUUGUUUGACGACGAAAAGCAACUUGAGGAUCACCAAGUGACGGAGCAUCGACCAAACAUUCUGGAACAGCAAGAAUCCUCCUUAACGAUUCCCAAAACUGAAAUUCAAUCACUACCGCCUUCUCCAGAGCCUUCCUUAUCCGACGAAACUCUUCCAAAAUCAGAAUCGGAAACAUUCCAGAACACUUGCAAAGUUAAAAAUGAACCGCCACCAGAAGAUAUGGAAUAUGAGUGUCCCGAAGAAAGCUCAACCUUAACUGCUGAAGUAGCAGCUUAAAAUAGAUUGCUUUUUGUACUGUGGCAAAAUUAUUGUACUAUAUUUUGUACUCGUUUCGAACAAUACAAAUACGCAACCCCUGCAGGGUAAAUAUUUGAACGGAUACCGAUUAUAAGGUUUUGGGGUCUGGUGGUGAAAAGGAUCUGAUUAGCUGCCAAUCUCGAAAUAAAUUUGGGGGAGGGGCUGAUUGUUUUUCAGUACGGACCUGCUGUUCUUUUAGGGGUAAACUGUGCAUUGAGGGAAAAGUUUUGGACAAGUUUGCCUCCAAGAAACGUGACAGUUUAAAGGUUAGUAUAAAUGCGGUGCUUAUAAAUCCAUGACACUAAUUUUCAAGCCGUCCUAUCGAUUCUUGAAAUCUAAAUUAUGUCAGUGCCAAACUCCCGUACCAAUCUCCAUACUUUGUUUUUUUUUUAGUUUAAACUGAAAUUUACUUGAAUAAAAUCACAGUACUUAUAACUUAUUUGCAAUUAUAUUUUAUUUAACAGCCUUAUAAUUUAACAAAGACGAACAUCAAAAAAAAAAGAAAUCUAUAUGGUACUACUUCAACACGAACUCUUAAGUAUCAUAAUUGUCCCGAAGCAACUGCUUUUAACAACUGCAUGAUUCGAUAAUUACUUUAUCGAAUUAUCUCAGUGUAAUUCGGCUGCAUUUAUGCAAUCAUAGCAGACUUGGUAAGACAGAGCUCUCAGUGGUUUCUAUUUCACUUUUAUCAAGAGUAAUUUAGUAGUGCUAAAUAUUGGUGCUAUUUAUUUAAAAAAUCAAAACUUCAAAGUAAUACAUUUAAGAUGAAUUUGUUUUGUACUAUUUCAUACUACCUUAAUAAAUUAAUAUACACCUAUACUAAGAAUAAACCCCAUAUAGUUCAUUGACUGAAACUUCUUUCUUCAAAAAAAUUAAAUAAACAUUUUGUUCAGUUAAGUCUUUUUUAGCAACAUUUUUUAAGCCAAUAAUUGACUAAUGAUUCGAUUUUUUCACUUGUAAUUACUAUUAAAUGUAAAAAUUUCUAUUUUGAACUUAUGUUAAGUGUAAUAAAAACUAAUUAUCAUUUUUAAAAAAAAUGCUUAGUAGAAAUAUUGUCAUAGAUUUGACAUUCGUUAAGAAUAAAUUUUUUUAUUCACCAACUUUUUCAAAAAAAUUUAAUAAAAAUAAAGCAGGAAUG